GGUCUUUUCUCAUCGGCACCUCCCCAGAGCCCUGGGAGAAGCUGGUGUCCCUCCUGGCUUCCUGCGACUCGCUCCGGGCAUUCCCUGCCUGCUUUCUCGGGCGCUGCCUCCUUCCUUCCCCGGGCACUGCCUUCUUCCCUCCCCGGGCAUCCCUGCCUGCACCCCCGCCUGAGCACGGUGCCUGCCGCUCUCCCCGGGCACCGUCUGCUUCCACGCCCGGGCAUUCCCCCGCAUCCUUCCCCGAGCGCUGCCUCCCUCCGCCCCCGGCACUGCCUGCCCCCUCUCUGCCGUGCCCCGGGCGGGUUUUUGCGACCCAGCGGCGGCCGCGCUCCCAGCCCGGUCCCCCCCUCCGCCGCCGCCCGGCCCCUCGAUAUCGCGGCGCCGGGCGGGGGCCGGGCCGGGGCUCUGCAGCGGGGCCGCCCGCCCCGCACCGGGCUCGCCGCAUGGCUUCGCCGCCCUUCGUGGUUCCGCCGGCCCGGGCCGCUGCUGCAAGUGACGGGCUGUCCCGGAGGGGAAAUGCAUCCUGAAUGGGGCUGAGCCCCCCUGCUCGGGAAUAUGCAGCCUCGGCACCGCGGGGGCAGCACCGGGGCAGCGGCCGGCGCCUGGCGGCAUGGUGGCAACGGUCAAGAUCGCCGUGCUGGGAGCCCAGGGCGUGGGCAAGAGUGCCAUAGUCCGGCAGUUCCUCUACAACGAGUUCAGCGAGGUCUGCGUGCCCACCACGGCCCGCCGCGUCUACCUGCCCGCCGUCGUCAUGAACGGCCACGUCCACGACCUGCAGAUCAUGGACUUCCCCCCCAUCACCGCCUUCCCCGUCAACACCCUGCAGCUUCGAGUACAUCAAAACCAUCCGCCAGCAGAUCCUGGAGACGAGGGUGAUCGGCACUUCGGAGACACCCAUCAUCAUCGUGGGCAACAAGCGGGACCUGCAGCGGGGCAGGGUGAUCCCACGCUGGAACGUCUCCAACCUGGUGAAGAAGACCUGGAAGUGUGGCUACAUCGAGUGCUCGGCCAAGUACAACUGGCACAUCCUGCUGCUCUUCAGCGAGCUGCUCAAGAGCGUGGGCUGCGCGCGCUGCAAGCACGUCCACACCACCAUCCGCUUCCAGGGCGCCCUGCGCAGGAACCGCUGCACCAUCAUGUGAGCCCCCCCACGGCCCCUGCCCCCACGGACCACCCACCCACCCCCCCGGGGGCUGCUCUUGUUGGGGGUGAUGAUGCCGCAGUGGGAGCUGCGCUCAGAGCAGCACCUCGGGGCGGUGCUGGCACCCUGAGGUGACGUUGAGGGACAGUGCACCUCGGGCGGCGCUGGGCAGGGUGAUGCGGUGGCAGUCGGUGGGUGGCUUGGGCUGCCUGGGGGUAGGGAGGACUUCAGCUAAACUCCUGAGCCCACCCUGGUCCUCCAGCUCUUGGGGCUGAAGCUGCACCUAGAGGGUUGUGUCUCUGCCGUGCCUGAAGCACUGCAUGGCAUGGAGGGUAGAGGAGAUGCCUCAGGUGGUGUCCAGAGGUUGGCUGUUGGCUCCUGUCCUGACAUUGCAGGGUCAACGCUUGCUGCUGCCUGCCACCACCUGCUCUCUGGAAGGGCCUUGCCCAGUACCUGUGCCCCAAUGCCCAGAGUGGCUCAGUCCCUAGGGCACACAGAGUCCUGGUACCGACCCUGCAGCGUUGGGGUUCCUCCCUCAGAGGGCAGAGCAGCUGCCUGCAGGAGGCCAGGUUACACAGGGCUCUCUUUUGGCUCGGCUGAGUCAGAUUUCCAGGAGGAAUUCCUGAAUGAAAGCAAGAAACUGGGGGGGGGGGGGGGAAUAUAAGCCCCCAUCCUGCUCCUUGCCUCCCCCCAGGGUGCCAGGUGCUGCUGCCCCAGCGCUUCGAGUCACCUCCAGCCCCAGUUCAUCCAGGGAAGCUUUCUCCUUCCCCACCAGCCUGUCCCAACACCAAAUCACCUCGAAGCGCUCCUUGCUGGGCAGAUCAUCCCUCUGCUACCUCGCAGGCUCAGCAGGUGCCCAGCUUUGUGCAGCUCUGACCCAAGCCCCUGCUGUCCCUGAGGCAGGCAGGCUUCACCCAUGCCAACCCCUGGUGACCCCAGGGCAGGCAGAUGCCACCAUGCCAUAGUGACCCACACCAGGCUUCCCCACAGAGGCACUUGCCCCCAUCCCUGGGAGGUGCCAGCAGUGGGAGGGCAACCUCCAAAGCAAUUGGGAGCUGGAGCUGCAUUUCCAGCCAGGUUCCUUGCUUUUCCCUUCUUUCCAUGCACCCCCCUGACAGGAAGGUCAGCCUCUCAUUAGCAUUUUGCAGUUGUUUUUCACUCUUUUGGCUUGUUUUCACACCAGGCUUGCAGCUCCCCUGUGUCCUGCCCUGCAGGGUGGGUGGCAAAGCUCAGGCCGUGUUAGCAAACAGGCCUGGGGCAUCGUGCUGGCAAUGGGUGAGGAGAGGCCGAGGGGGCUGUGGCUCCCCCUUUUUGCUGCUCCCUGUAAGACUCAGGAGAACACCAUCCUCACCCCUUGAGGCAGGGUCUGAGACCAGCUCAUCCUCCAGCAAAACCAUCUCAGUGAUUUCUGGUGUCACAGGUCUCCAGCACCGCUUUGGGCAGUAAAGCAAAGGGGCACCAGCCCCAUCUGCCCCCUCACCCCCCCCCCCCCCCCCCCCCGGCCAGGUCUGCACCCCACGGAAGCACCACUGUGCUCUCAGUCACACACUCACAGCAGGUCCAGCUGAGCUCUGGCAUGGUGCAUCCCCCAGCCCUGCCCUGCAGACCCAGUGUCACAGGAUCUAGCGGGGGGGGGGGGGGGGGGGGGGGGUCACCCUGCUGCUCCCCUCCUGGCCGCUUUGGCAGCCAAACCUUGUUCCCCUUGCUCCAAAAAAAGGAAAGGAAACCGAGAGAAAAGGCAACGAGGGGACAGGGACCCAGCUCAGGGGGCUGGGAUAGCCCUGCCAGGGCAGGGGGAGGCUGGUAGUGCUCAUCGCCAUCCCUCACCUUCACGGCAACCCCCUGACCUCUGCUCGUCAGCAUUUAACACCUGCAGAUCCACCUUCUCCGGCCACCUCUGUCCCUCCCAAACGGCCUGAGAAGGAAGCUCCUUGGUGAAUGCAACAAACGAAGCAUUUCUGAAGUGCUCUGAGGCAGAGCCAGCGCCGACUAAGCCAAUACAGCAUUUGUUACCACCCCGUAGCCUGCAGUUUAUAGCACAAUUAGUGACAGGGUUUUGUAGCAGCUCUUUAGUAUUUUGGAGAAAACCAAACAAGCAACAAGGUUAUAAAAUCAAACUCUUCUCUUCUACUGCGUUUAUAGACCGAGGGAGUCCUGCCCCCUCACCACGGCUCUCGCUGCUCCCACCACCUGCCCGGAGAAAACGAGGGCUACCCACAGCUGCUGCCCCCUACCCCCGCACGGGGGAGGCAGUGGUCCUGACUAGGUGCAGGUAGAGAGCACUGGGCAGUGGCACCCACUGGGUGCAGGCAGGGAUGACCAAGUGACAGUACCAGCUGGGUGCAGAAAGGGCUGACCAGGGUGGUGGUACCCACUGGGUGCAGGUAGGGAUAGCUUGAGCAGUAGUGCCCACUGGGUGCAGACAGGGAUGACCAAGUGACAGUACCAGCUGGGUGCAGAAAGGGCUGACCAGGGUGGUGGUACCCACUGGGUGCAGGUAGGGAUAGCUUGAGCAGUAGUGCCCACUGGGUGCAGACAGGGAUGAUCGGGGUGGUGGUACUCACUAGGUGCAGGUAGGGAUAGCUUGAGCAGUAGUACCCACUGGGUGCAGACAGGGAUGACCAGGGUGGUGGUACUCACUGGGUGCAGGCAGGGAUAACUGGGCAGUAGUACCCACUGGGUGCAGGCAGGGAUGACUAGGAUGGUGGUACCCACUGGGUGCAGGUAGGGAUAACUGGGCAAUAGUACCCACUGGGUGCAGGUAGGGAUAGCUGAGUAGUAGUGCCUACUGGGUGCAGAUAGGGAUGACCAGGAUGGUGGUACCCAUUGGGUGCAGGCAGGGAUAACUGAGCAAUAGUACCCACUGGGUGCAGAUAGGGAUGACCAGGAUGGUGGUACCCAUUGGGUGCAGGCAGAGAUAACUGAGCAGUGGUGCCCAGUGGGUGCAGGCAGGGAUAACUGAGCACUGAGUGCAGAUAGGGAUGACCAGGAUGGUGGUACCCACUGUGUGCAGACAAGGAUAAUCAAGUGAUAGUACCAGCUGGGUACACAGAUAACUGAACAGUGGUACCCACUGGAUGCAGGGAGGGAUAACUGGGCAAUGGUACCCACUGGGUGCAGGCAGGGAUGUCUGGGCAAUGGUACCCACUGGAUGCAGGCGGGGAUACCUGGGCAGUGGUAACCAUUUGAUGUAGGCAGGCAUAGCUGGGCAUUGGUACCCAUUGGGUGCAGGCAGGGAUAACUGAACAAUAGUGCCCACUGUGUGCAGGUAGGGUUACCUGGGCAGUGGUACCCAUUGGGUGCAGGCAGAGAUAACUGAGCACUGGGUGCAGAUAGGGAUGACCAGGAUGGUGGUACCCACUGUGUGCGGACAAGGAUAACCAAGUGAUAGUACCAGCUGGGUACAGACAGAGAUAACUGAACAGUGGUACCCAUUGGAUGCAGGGAGGGAUAAUUGGGCAAUGGUACCCACUGGGUGCAGGCAGGGAUGCCUGGGCAGUGGUACUCACUGGAUGCAGGCAGGGAUACCUGGGCAGUGGUAACCACUGGAUGCAGGCAGGCAUAGCUGGGCAGUGGUACCCAUUGGGUGCAGGCAGGGAUAACUGAACAAUAGUGCCCACUGUGUGCAGGUAGGGUUACCUGGGCAGUGGUACCCAUUGGGUGCAGGCAGAGAUAACUGAGCACUGGGUGCAGAUAGGGAUGACCAGGAUGGUGGUACCCACUGUGUGCGGACAAGGAUAACCAAGUGAUAGUACCAGCUGGGUACAGACAGAGAUAACUGAACAGUGGUACCCAUUGGAUGCAGGGAGGGAUAAUUGGGCAAUGGUACCCACUGGGUGCAGGCAGGGAUACCUGGGCAGUGGUACCCACUGGGUGCAGGCAGGGAUACCUGGACAGUGGUACCCACUGGGUGCAGGCAGGGAUGCCUGGGCAGUGGUACCCACUGGGUGCAGCGCAUGGCCAGGCUCGCAGGGAUCAGAGCAGCCAGGGGCACAGCAGCAGCUAGAAGCCACCUGCACCUUGCCCCUACUCACACCCUUGGUACCAAGUGUUUGCCACACAUCCAACGCCACCAGCCUGGUCCUGCUAAGCUGUUCCUGAGGCUGGCAGAGGCUGAGGAUGUCCCCAGGGCAGAGCCAGGCUCUUGUCGUAGCAAGUGGUGAAAGGUUUCAGUCCAGCCCCAGCCAGGGUAUUGGCUCUGCUCCCCAGUGAGCAUCCCGACUGCCUGGACUUGGCUUUCCCUUUCUCCCUGGACUUCUGUUGGAGAUUCCCGAGGUGUCUACACUGCCUGUAACACCCUGCACCCCCUUUCAAGUCGAAUUAAAAAUCAGGUCUGUCCCUCCUUGUUCCGUA